AUGGGCACUAAUGAGUCUGCCAUUGACGCCUUGGUCGCUCUUGGUGUACCACUGGGACUGCAGACUGGCUUGCCUGUCAUCGACGAAGUUUUAUCGAAUAAUUUGCAGUACGGAGAAAUAUCUGAAAUUAUGGGUGAUGCUGGCACUGGAAAAACUCAGUUAUGCUAUGCUCUCGUCACACAUUUCCUUUUCCAUACGACGUUCAAUGUGGCAUGGUUAGACUCGAAUGGUUCAUUUCGAGCUCAUCGAUUGGUUGAGUACGCGAAGGGUUCUGGUGAGACUAUUGACAAAACAUUCGAGGCUCUUGAACGUGUAACAAUCGCUCGUGUCAGCGAUCACAAACAGCUCAUAGAGAUUCUAGGACUUAUAGACGACUAUUUUGUGGAGUACUGCAUUCGCCUAGUGAUAAUUGAUGGCGUCUUCGAAAUGUGUGAUGAGCGUCUCUUUGGGGAAAAUGUUAGAAGAUCUUCCAUUAUGGGAGUGAUUUUAAACAAGAUCAACACUCUCACUGAGGCUGGCUGCACUGUCGUGACAACCUGUUCUCAAAAAGAUCACGAAAGCGAGUUAACCAGGAACUGGAUUCAACAGAUACAAAGGAGUAUACUGGUGGAGAACGACAGUAAGGUGCGAGGAGUUCGUGUUUUGAAGGUGAAGGAUCCUUCACAGAAUUGCGGUCGCUUCAAGAUCAGCAGCCGUGGUCUUCGAGCCGAAUAUUCAUGA